AUGUCUCCAAAUGGUGAACACAUUGGACAACAAUCUGAUGCACAAGUUCUCAACAAUAGGACGACUGCAAACAACAAUAUGGUAAUCAAGUUCCAGGAGUCGACUAUCAUCACCCUCUCUGCUUGUCUUCUUCAGAUAAAUAAAAUGGGUUUAGUUGAUGGUACUUGCAAAAAGGAAUUUUACCCUGAGUCUUUGUGGAACCACUGGGAACGUGUAAAUGCAAUAGUAUUGUCUUGGUUAAUGAAUGUAGUUGCUAAAAAUCUAUUAGGAGGCAUUAUAUUGAAAAAUCUCUGGGAAGAGUUUCAUGCCUUAGUACCAGCACCAGCUUGUAACUGUCCAAAGUCAAAAGAAUUUAUUGAACAUCUUCACAAACUAAAACUGUUUCAAUUCCUCAUGGGGUUAAAUGAGUCUUACUUACAAGCUAGGAGUCAGAUCCUUUUAAUGACACCAAUGCCAUCUGUAAACCAAGUUUAUUUCAUAAUUGUUAGUGGUGAAAGCCAAAAUUCAGUAGGAGCUACAACUUGUAUAAUGGGGGCAAAUCCAACUGGUGUACAAGGGGUUUAUGACACAGCUUUGUACUCAAGAAAUGGGGGGAAUCAAAACCACAAUGCUCAGAAGUUUAAAAGGAACUAUAACUUGUUUUGUGAGAUUUGCAAAAUCAAAGGACACACUAAAGAAACCUGUUAUAAGGUGGUAGGAUACCCUCAAGGGUAUAGGUUCAAGAAGAGGUUCAAUAACUCAAAUGCUACAUACAAUGGAAAUAAUGCUAGUUCAGCCUACAAUGUGGUUGCUGAAAACUCUGGACAAUUUGGAGAAAAUCAAAAAAUGCAAGGAGAAGGUGCAGAUUCUCAAUUUUUGAAUAAGGCACCAGAAACAGUCCAUGCAACAAAUAUAAUAGGUAAUGCAACAGGUAUGGAUAUUUCUUCAGCUGCUCAAAGCUGUAUUCACCAUUGGAUAGUAGACACAGGAGCUACUAAUCAUAUGGUAGCUGACCUGAAUCUACCUGAAAAAGAAACUGUAUGUCAACCAGAAAUAUCAGAGAAAGUUUUUCUCCCAAAGGAAGAGAUAUCUCUAGUCAAACACAUGGGAUCAUGUACUUUACCAAACAAAAAUACUAUAACUGAUGAUCUCUUAAGUGGCAAGGUGAAGAUGAUUGGUAAAGAGGAUAGGGGCUUGUACAUUUUGUCAAGUAGCUCAGACACAAAAGAAGUUUCAUUAGCAGCCAGUAUUUCUAGUAAUUCAGUUCCUGCACUUAAUUCAACCUCACAUCAGGAUAUAGCUAGAUGGCAUAAAAGAUUUGGUCAUGUUUCUAUCACAGUAUUAAAGAAAGUUCUAUCAGCUAGCAUAGAUUCUAUUACUGAAACUGUACGCAAGUGUACUUUUGAUAAAUUAGUAAAAACAAUAAGAACUGACAAUGGCACUGAAUUUACAAACACAACAUGUACAAACUUAUUUCUAAAGUUAGGAAUUCUUCAUCAAACUUCAUGUGCUUAUACUCCUCAACAAAAUGGAGCGGUUGAGAGAAAGCAUAGACACAUUCUAGAAGUAACAAGGGCCAUUAGAUUUCAGGCUCAUAUUCCUAUUAAAUUCUGGGGGUUAUGUGUCAAAGCUGCUGUCUACAUAAUUAACAGACUACCUAGUGCAAUAAUCGACAACAAAACUCAUUAUGAGAGACCGUAUGGUAAAAAACCAGCACUACAUCAUUUGAGACCAAGAGCAAUAAUAGCUGCUCAUGUGGGACAUGCAGAAACACAAAAAGAUUUGAUACAAGAAACACUUGAACAUUAUGAAGAACACUUACCUGAUGAGAUCCAUGCAGAGAACUUGCAGGAUCAAAAUGAGCCUGCAGCUGAUUACAAUCCACAACCUGCUCCUACACCAACAAUAACUGUUCCUACACCACCAAUAGAGAUAAGAAAAUCAGUAAGGGGCAAGAAACCACCAGUGUGGAUGAAGAUUUUGUGGUACUAA